AUGAUACCUUUUAUGGUUCCCCCCUUACUUUUGUUUCAGCUUCCCAUUGGCGGAGCUCUGAGCAAUCUGUUUGUCUCUCUCUUCUUUACUUUACUUUACUUACUUUACUUUACUAUACUAUUCUCCAUUACUACUACUGCUAAAUUAAAAAAGACUAGUGACUACUGCGUAGUGAGAAUGAAAUAGAAGCUAGAAAGAAAGAAAAGCUAUUACUAUUGCUAUAUAACCAUAAGCUGGGUAGAGUCGAAGUGAGAGAGAGAGAGAGAGAGGAAAAAAAAAAAAAAAGGCUCAACAGCCAAUUAGGUCUUCGUCGGAAAGUUGCACACAAAAAGCUUCUUGGCUUCUAUACCUCUAAACCGAGACGACUAGAUGCUUCAGCUGAGUUGAGCUUUAGGGUUUUGGAGCUAUGGAGUGUGGAAUUUUGAGUAAUUUGGUUUAUUGGUGAGGAAUUAUGGACGAUAUGAUUCUGGGAAUUUCAUGAGUUUGAGUUGAGGCCAAAAAAAAAAAAAAUUUUUUUUUUUUUUUUUUUUCUCAAUUUGGGUACCAAAUUUUAUUUGAGGUUUUUUCUAGGGUAACGAUGUGAAGAAGUUGAAAAGCGUGGAAAGAUUUUUGGGGAAAAAAAAAGAAAGUGGGGGUUGUAGUAUGAAUCGGGAAGCGGGGGCGUCGGCGAUAUCAUUUCAGUGUGAUUCAGGGACAAUGAAUAGCAGCAACACUUCUGAAAUGAUUCAGUUAGGGAAUUACUUUGUGAUGAACACUAACGCUAAUACCACCGGUGUUGGAGGUGGAAACAUGCUAUUUUCUUCUGGGAAUUCUUCUAACAAUCAUCCCCUCAUCACUCACCAGCCAUUAGCUUCGUCUCUUCUUCUCGAUUCUGUGCCCGGCCUCGGCCUCAAACACGACACCGGAUUGGCUGUCGAGUGGUCCCUUGAGGAACAGUACAAAUUGGAGCAAGGCCUUGAAAAAUAUGCUGAUGAACAUAGUAUAAUGAGGUAUAUCAAAAUUGCCGCCACAUUGCGGGAAAAAACUGUUCGUGAUGUUGCUUUGAGGUGUAGGUGGAUGACGAGAAAGCGAAGAAAAUCUGAAGAACAUAAUGUGGGAAAAAAGCUGAAUAAUCGAAAGGAUAAGCUGGUGGAGUCAUCCUCAAAGAUCAAUAUACAUUCAGCUCCGCCUCUGAACAUUGCUGCAUAUUCCAUUAUGAUGCACCAUAUGGAUCAGAAUGAGCGUAUGCCUUAUGAAGGAAUAAGUGGCCCAACAAAGCUUCUCUUGGAACAGAAUGCUCAAGUUUUUAACCAAAUUGCUGCUAAUCUUUCUGCAUACAAGUUGGAGGAUAACAUCAAUCUCUUCUGUCGGACGAGAACCAACAUUUCUGCUAUCCUCAAUGACAUGAGAGAUAUGCCUGGCAUUAUGAGUCAUAUGCCACCACUGCCUGUAUGCAUAAAUCAGGAUCUUGCAAAUAGUAUUUUGCCUAAUACAAUUUAGUGCUCUGAUGGCUGAAUAGAUAUGCGCAAAAUAUGGACAUACAAGAUUGAUUGUUUCCUUUUUUGCCAAUUCAAGCAGACAAAUCAAUGAUGCUGUAGGACUUCCUUAAUGUCUGAACUCACCAGUGUACAAGUUCUUUUUCUUUACCAGGAAGCCGUGUUGCAUACAUUUUGGUGUGACAUCCACUUGAGGAGCCUAGCUUAUUUAAGAACCACACCUGCCUCUUCAAUUUUGAGCUUCUACAUGUCUUUUGAUUUAGUGCUUCCUGGUUUGUUGUGUUUUCUCUCUGAAGGCAGAACUUGUACUGUUAUUGUUGUAUAAAUAAAAUUAUUUUGUGCAAAAAAAAAAAAAAAUGAUAUAUAAGUAUAGUUUGAGAUGGAAGGCACUCCAUUAUUUUCAAAUCUUGAUUAUUAGUUGUACCACUUACGUUGUGGACUACCAUGUUUCUAUUUUUUAGUACGCUGGUUCUGACUUUGAUUGAAGAUCCGAAAUUUUAGUUCUAGGUAUUAGCUCCGGUAGGAAUAUUUUGGAUCAAGUUAAAUCAUAUUCUAGAGAUUUACUAAGUACAUUGUAUGCCCAAUCUGUGGGAGUACCGAAUAUCAGGAUCAUAGUUUUCAUAUAAA